AUGAGUUACGCGGAAUACUGGAAGCUGUGGGCUGACAUCAACGGAGUUAAACUUGUCGUCCAGGUAGGCAAGGAGUUCGAUUCUGGUGAAGCGCCUGACUGGUUGGCGCGAGAAAUGUACGAGAGCAAGCUGUAUGUCUCAAAGUACGGAUGGGCAGGAGGCGAUCCAAAUGUCAAGAAACCUGAAGAAGUGGGCGUGGAGAUGGACAAGCUGAUGGAUAUUGAACGCUACAUGAGGGAAUAUCCUAUGUCAGACUUGUUGUCGGUUUAUAUUAGUUUUGUUUCUCCUGCGAGGAAGGGUUGUCAACCUAUGAAGACACCAACGAGCGCAGAGCAUCAUUUAUUUUGA